AUGUUGGGGUGGGUGUGGGGUGGAUUGUGGAUUAGUUUGGGCUGGUUUUGGUCGAUUUUGGUGGGGUUUAUUGGGGUGGAAAGGGGAGAUUUCACGUGAUUUUACGAGCAAAAUAGGCAGAGCUACGGUCGUUGUUGAUCAUUGGAAAGGUUACAGGACUGUAAAGGAGGCAUUUAAACCGCGGAAUAUGUGUUAACUGUAGAAACAGAGUUUAUAUUGAGUUUUUUUAUUUAAAAUUUUAUUUUAAAAAUUUUUUUAUGUUUAAAAAUUUUUUAAAAUCGAUUUCUUUUAUUUAAUUUUUAUUGAUUUUUUAGUUUGCUAAUUUAAAUGCAUUUCAAUUUAAAUAUGUUUUUUAAUGCUUCACCAUUUUCUUUGUAUUUUAUUCAAAAAUGAUCAUGUUUUCGUUGUGAAACCCAUUUUUUUCUGAAUGUUUUGAUAUUUUAAAUCACGUAAACCUUGUGUACCAUUGCUAAUAUGUUAUCACAAAUUUCUUUUACUCUUCGUGCUAUGAUUUACAAAACAUUUGAUAAACAAUUAUUAUACAAAUUUUCGUUGCAGGACCCGCGCUCCUCGCCCAAAACAAAAGGGUCACCGCUUGAUCGACCGAAUCAAGUAAACAAAAAACGUCAGCUUAAGCCGAAAACUACUGAGCUUAAGCUUAAACCUCUAGGCUUGAGUCUAUAUUCUUUAGGCUUGAGUCUACCGCUCUUAGGAUUAAGUUCUACAGUCUUUAGGCUUAAGUUCUACAUAAUCUAGGCCUGAAUCUACCGUCCCUAGGCUUAAGUUUUAAGUCUCCACCAACUCUCAGCUCAAGUCGCAACACACUUGAGCUCGAGACAUCAGGUUGGCUUCUGGUGUGCAUACCACUUUCACCACGACUUCCGGUACGAAUUCGGCCGGCGCUUCGACGCGCCACCAUACCGUAGAGCCCGCCGCCGAACCGGGACCGAACUACACGCCCGUGGAGGACGAACUGAACCAAACGCCCGACCAUCUAAAGUUGGACCAAGCCGGUACCAGCGGGAUGGAGGACAGUGCAUUUGGGGCCGCCCCACUAUUGGCCGACCCCAACAUAGCCUCGGCUUCUGGAGUCGGUAACUCGAACCUGAGUGCCAACCUGAGCCACAACAUUCCGGCUUCCGAGCUAAUGGCCGCUGCAGUCUCGAGUACGUACUUGUUGAGCUCCAUGUCCCAAGGCAUGCCCCUGCCCAACAUCCCCGUGAUGAACAUCCAGCCAACUCGCCUCAACCCACCCUCCGCCCAAGGAUCCGCCCUACCCUCACACAGCACCAACCGCACCUUGUCGGACUUUAUGAUGGCUCAAAGUAGUCUACUACAUCCACUGGUCACCCAAGUGCCACAACUCAUCAACCCCAACCAGUUCACCAUCGUUCCGGAACAGUCCGAGUGUGUUUCGGCCGACCUCUGUGCCGUGCGAAUCAACCAGGCCGAGCUGAAUCGACUAAACCAAGCUGAAUUGACUAGACAAGCCGAGCUGACCAGACUGAAUCAACCAAAUCAGUCGAUGGUCAAUCAGCAGUCCAGUCAAGGCAUGGCACGACAGCAACAUUCCUCAACGCCAGUAGCCGGCCAUUCAUCGUCAUCGUCUGGACUGUCAAGUAGGCACAGGAAGCGGACUCGAGAUGAGGGGGGAAGCAGCUCUUCCAAACGAAGCCGCCCCUCAGGGCAUCAUAACUUUAAUGAACAGCCUAGGACCACCAGCGCGGCUAGGGUAAGAUUUUUUUUAUUUUGAGUAGGUUUAGGCUUGGAAAGACGAAAAAUGGGGAAAAAAUUGAAAAAUACACCCCCAAAAAAUUUUAAAUUCGAAAAUUUUUAAAAAAUUCAAAAUCCAUCCCCAAAAAAAAUAUUUUUUCAGGCCCUCCAACAACUGACCGCCAUCACCGCCAGCAUAUCUCGUGACCAGAACACCCUGACCGCCUCCCGCUCCCUCUCCAACCCCAACAUACCACAACAGUCUACAGUAUGCGCGUCAUGCCGCCGCGUACCCAUGCCCAACGACGAAGCCGGCGGCUCACAUCAUCAGUGCAAUUGCCAAGUGUUCCACACUUGUCAGAACUGUCCCGGCAUGAUCAACGCCGCCCAGUUCUUCCGCCCCACCCCUCAGGCUGGUCUGAAUCAGCCAAACUUGAGUCAGCCGCAGGCUGCGCCCCCAAUGAUGGUGUAUGAUCGACCGGGGUCCUCGGCGAAUCGACUGGAGCCACAGUUUCAGCCGUGUGUUACGGUGGAUCAGAGCGUGAUCGGGUUCUUGAAUAAUCAGUUUGGACAUUUGAAUUCGACUCAACAGAGAUUGCAACGGAUCGUGCCGCAGCCUGCGCCCUUGAUGUCGCCCUUCUUUAAUCGGAAUUACAUGCAAAAUGGUCGAAACAAGUGAGUUUUUGGGAAUUUUUGAUUUAAAAUUUGAUUUUUAACCUAAAAAUAAAAAAUUAAGCUUAAAAAAGUUUUGUCAUUUUUUGCCUAACAAAUGAAUGUAAAUUGGCGACAAGACUUUUCUACACUAAUACUUUACAAAAAAUAGCCUUUUGUUACAAAAAUAGCGCUUUGAUCAUUUGGUUUUUAAAAAUUUUGCCAUUUCUAAGCCCCCUAUAAUAAGUUUUGUCAUUUCAGUCUUGGCCUAGCCGCCGCGCUGCACCCAGAACAGCUCAACCUCCUCAACCAACGUCAACAACAAGCGGCCGAACGCACCGAACAAAUGAACAACUUCUACCGCCAGAACCCUCCACAACGUUUGGUACAGGUCCAAACCCAGACCUCAUCGGACGUUCUGCGGAAUCAGACGCUACAGAACAACCCGAUGAUCAUCGUGCCGGGCUUCACACCCGCUCACAAUGGAAUCGAGAUGAUAUCGUUCCUGAUGAACGGCCACGAAGGAGCACUAUACGUACCACAUGCUGAGGUACCAGCCCAUGUUGCUCAUGCCAUGAAUCAUGAGCCACAGCCGAUUGGCGCCACUUCUGAAUGCAUUAAGCAGUGCACCACGAUCAAGAGCUACAUCAAGGACUUGGAGGUGCCCGAGUUGGAGAAGGAACGUUGCACGGUGUGCUUGUUGGACUUUGAAACUGGUGAUGAGAUCCGAGCCUUGGGUUGUAAUCAUAUCUACCAUAUCGACUGUAUCGACCGGUGGCUGCAGUACAACAAGAAGUGCCCGGUAUGUCGUGUGGACAUGGACAAAGCACCAUUGGUCAUCGAUGACGAGGAGAAUGAAAUUGGAAUCACGGCUUAG